CUCCUCGGCUCUCGGAGCUGCGCGGGGCGGGCAGGGAGCGCAGCGCAGCGCAGCGGGAGCCGAGGAGCGCGCGGAGCCUGCCAUGGGCAAAUCAGCUUCCAAGCAGUUUAAUGACGAGGUCCUGAAGGCCCACAAUGAGUACCGGAAGCAGCAUGGCGUCGCCCCGCUGAAGCUCUGCAAGAAGCUCAACCGGGAGGCUCAGCAGUAUUCAGAGGCCCUGGCCAGCACGAGGAUCCUCAAGCACAGCCCGGAGUCCAGUCGUGGCCAGUGCGGGGAGAACCUGGCGUGGGCAUCCUAUGAUCAGACAGGAAAGGAGGUGGCUGAUAGAUGGUACAGUGAAAUCAAGAACUACAACUUUCAGCAGCCUGGCUUCACCUCCGGGACAGGACAUUUCACUGCCAUGGUAUGGAAGAAUACAAAGAAGAUGGGAGUGGGGAAGGCAUCUGCAAGUGAUGGGUCCUCCUUCGUGGUGGCUAGAUACUUCCCAGCAGGGAAUGUCGUCAACCAGGGCUUCUUUGAAGAAAAUGUCCUGCCUCCAAAGAAGUAAUUUGUCCAAUGUAACGGGAAGGUGGCAGACUUAAGAACUUGGAUUUGAAGUGCCUAGAACAACAAAAACUCAGCUGUGUGUCUGUCCCUGUGGGUGUAUGUGCUUGCUUGUGUGAUGCUAUGAGUCCCUUGAGCACACACUCGGUUUUACAGUUCUGCAUGAAUUCAUUCUUACCAAAGAAAUGAGCAUAUGAAGCCUUUACCUUGAUGGUUCCCUAGACUGCAAUUAUUUGGACUUGGGCGGGGGGGGAAAAUCAAUUUUUAAACUUUAAAAAAAUUUUUUAAGCAAACUCCUUUUGUACCUUUCUUACUUAUAAUAUCCAUCCCUGGACUUUCUGUAUUCCAAAUGUUUGUGAUGCUGAGAAAAUGAAGUUCAUUUUAUGUGACCUUCAUGCAUUGUAAUCUACUUUUGGUAGAUAUUUAAGAAUAUUAAACCCUCAUUAAAUGUGACACAAGAUACAGCUUUAAACACAUAAAUAUAAAGCAGCUUCCAUCGGAAACACGGGGUAGGCAGGGGCUCCAUUUCACAGAAUUACUGAGCUUUCUCAGUUGUAAGCCAUGAUGUCAUCUGCACGCCUCCUGGAAUUCUCUAGUGGGAUUGCCAAAGAACAAAUGGAGAAAAAAGCUUUACUUCCUUGCAUUUUUCUACCUUCCACUGCCCCUUGCCCACCCACCACCCUCCCUUUUUUCUUAAAAUCCUCUGGCAUUUCAGAGUUCAAUAUGCCCCCCAGCACCACCUUGGUUUCUAGGGAGCUGGGCUAGGCCUGCGACUCACCCAUCCCCCACUCGGCCUGGUGGCCCAGGGCCUGUUCUGGGAGAAAGCCCCUCACACCGCCUGGGCUCUUGGCCAAGCAGCUUUGGAGGAUGAAGUCAGUGAGCGUGGGGGUGAGGGUGAGCUCACUCAGGGCCCCCAGAGGAAGCCCUCCAGGCUCUGCCCUCCCCCCAACACACAGGGUGGGAGCCCGGGGCGUGUUCCUGGCAGCUGUGCCUGCAGCUGUGCUGCUACUCCCUCCAGGAAUGUGUGACAGGCCCAAGUGUUCCAGGGAGAUAUCUCCCAUGCGGGGGCUUAGAGUCGCUAAUUUAGUUCCUUUAGUUCCGUGUUUUGCCUCAAACUACACAAAGUCCUCUUGAAUAACGACUUCACAUGGUCCACGUGGGAGGGACCAACCCAGGCGCCAAGCUGUGUGUCCCUGAAACCGUGGCAUCUCCAGGUGAUGAGAUAGGCAGGGCUGGGGGUCUGUGCAGGCCAGUCUUUGAAGGUCUCUGUUGCACUGUGAACACAGGCUCAUGCUGUGCCCUUCAUUUCACCCAGGGAUAUUGACUAAGACAACAAUAAAAUCUUUUUUGUU